ACACCACACACGUGGAAAUGCUCCGCCUUCUCGUGACCUGCGUCUGCGCCGUCGCGGCCGCCACUGCGAGCGCGCCCGAGGACGCGCCACUCAACCUCUGGUCCGGCGUGACGGUCGGUCUCAAGUCGGACGACGCCUCAGUCGAGAAGGGCGCCGGCGAGCAGUACCAGUUCCAGGCGGACGUAAACAAGCUGAUGGACAUCAUCAUCAACAGCCUGUACUCGAAGAAGGAGAUCUUUCUGCGUGAGCUGAUCUCGAAUGGAUCCGACGCGCUCGACAAGGUGCGCUUCAUGUCGCUGACGGACUCGGCGGUCCUCGGCGAGGGCGACACCUCCAAGCUCGAGAUGAAGCUCAUCGCGGACAAGGAGGCCAAGACACUCACCCUCAUCGACCGCGGCUGCGGCAUGUCCAAGGAGGAUCUCAUCAACCACCUCGGCACGGUCGCACAGUCGGGCACCUCCUCCUUCAUCGAGGCCUUCCAGCAAGGCGGCGAGGAGCUCGGCCGCGGCACCAAGAUCGUGCUCACCCUCAAGGAGGACUGCCUCGAGUUCCUCGAGGAAGAGCGGCUCAAGGGGCUCAUCAAGCGCUACUCCGAGUUCAUCAACUUCCCAAUCUACCUGUACACGACCAAGGAGGAGGAGGAGGAGGUCAAGAAGACCGUCUCCGACUGGGAGCUGGUCAACGACGCAAAGGCGCUCUGGACGCGCAACCCGUCCGACAUCACCGACGACGAGUACAAGUCCUUCUACCAGUCGCUGACCAAGGACGUCGGCGAGCCGCUCACGCACACGCACUUCUCCGCCGAGGGCGAGGUCGAGUUCAAGUCGAUCCUCUACAUCCCCAAGGAGGCGCCGUACGACCUGUACAACGACUACUACAAGAAGCAGUCCAACCUCAAGCUGUACGUGCGCCGCGUCAUGAUCACCGACGAGUUCGACGAGCUGCUGCCGCGCUACCUCGGCUUCAUCAAGGGAGUGGUCGACUCGGACUCGCUCCCGCUCAACGUGUCGCGUGAGAUGCUGCAGCAGAACAAGGCGUUCGGCAAGUACAUUAAGAUGGGCCUGAUCGAGGAUGCGGCGAACCGGACUCGCCUCGCCAAGCUGCUGCGGUACGCGACGUCCAAGUCGGGCGACAAGGAGAUCUCGCUCGAGGAGUACGUCGCCAACAUGAAGGAGGAGCAGAAGAACAUCUACUAUAUCUCGGGCGAGGACAAGGAGUCGCUGCUCAAGUCGCCGUCGGUCGAGAAGCUGCUCGCCAUGGACUACGAGAUCAUCUUCAUGACGGACUCGGAGGCGCCGUACGACCUGUACAACGACUACUACAAGAAGCAGUCCAACCUCAAGCUGUACGUGCGCCGCGUCAUGAUCACCGACGAGUUCGACGAGCUGCUGCCGCGCUACCUCGGCUUCAUCAAGGGAGUGGUCGACUCGGACUCGCUCCCGCUCAACGUGUCGCGUGAGAUGCUGCAGCAGAACAAGGCGUUCGGCAAGUACAUUAAGAUGGGCCUGAUCGAGGAUGCGGCGAACCGGACUCGCCUCGCCAAGCUGCUGCGGUACGCGACGUCCAAGUCGGGCGACAAGGAGAUCUCGCUCGAGGAGUACGUCGCCAACAUGAAGGAGGAGCAGAAGAACAUCUACUAUAUCUCGGGCGAGGACAAGGAGUCGCUGCUCAAGUCGCCGUCGGUCGAGAAGCUGCUCGCCAUGGACUACGAGAUCAUCUUCAUGACGGACUCGGUGCAGCACCUCACCGAGUUCGAGGGCAAGCGGCUGAUCAACGCUUCGCGGGAGGGCCUCAAGCUCGAGGAGGGCGACAAGGACAAGCGGCGCGAGGAGCUGUACAAGGACAAGUUCAAGCCGCUCACCGACUACAUCAAGGAGACGCUCGGCAAGAAGGUUGAGAAGGUGAUGAUCUCCAAGCACCUCGUCUCGUCGCCCGUCGUCGCGCUCUCGGCCGACUACGGCUGGACCGCGCAGAUGGAGAAGGUGAUGAAGUCGCAGGCCUUCUCCGACCAAUCCAAGUUUGAGUUUAUGAAGUCGAAGCGCAACUUCGGCAUCAACCCGCGCCACCCGAUGAUCGUCGAGCUCAACAGCAAGAUCAAGGACGGCAGCGCGGACGAGGCGACGAAGGACUCCGUCCUGUCCCUCUACCUCUCGGCGGUGGUUGCCGCCGGCUACCAGCUGACGCCGGAGGACGCCGUCGACUUUUCGACGCGCGUCGCUUCCAUCGUCUCGUCGUCGAUCGGCGUGGCGGUCGACGCGCCGCUCGAGCCGGAGAUUGAGGUGCAGGAUGACGUGGUGGAGGAGGAGGAGGGCGAGGAGGAGGAGGAGGCGGAGGACAUGGAUGCCGAGGAGAGCACCGACAAGGACGAGGUCUGAGCCGCUGCUGCCCGCGGCGAGGGGUGGGGCAGGGGCGAGAGAGCUCUCGGCGCAGUCGCGGCUCUCCCGCCGGCGCGAGAUGCGGAGCAGGCUUCGCGCCCCUUCGGAGGGCGGCGAGCGGAGAGGUGUGCGCGGCGGGGGUGUCACCGCGCGUCGCCGAACGGCGGAGGAGUGUACGGUAGGGCGUGAACAUAUAGGUGAGCAAGAUAUGUGAAGAGAUCUGAGAAGAUUUGAUUGAGGAGAUGCCU